UGUCAGCUGGGUCUCACGUAGCAAGCUUGGUGAAUGCCAAAGAUUAGGUCUGUGUGAGUGCUUAAAAUGCAAUACUUAUAUAUUUUGUCGAGAUUCUGUAAUAGUAUAGUGAAAAUGAAAUAAAUGUUCGCAACAAAUUAAUUUUGCAUUAUAACCUUAACUAUUCGUACAUAGCAGUUUAAAACUGAGAUUAGUAAUGCAUUCGUAGCAAGCCCUGGGUGAAUAAACACCACUAUAACAUAAAAAAGUGUAUGUGAUUAUUUCUUUCAAGAAGCACGUGACAAGAAUCUUCCAAUCCUGUUUCUGUUGUGGAGAGAAUCUGAGGCUGUGGGUGAAGGAGAGAAUGGUGGUACUCAUCUGUAAUAGAAUCUCUUGCUGAAUUGGAUUUCAGCCAUGAAUCAAUGUAACACUCAAAAUAAAAUUUCAAAACCUUUUGCUAGAACAGGUAAAAAGAUUAAUUCAGCUAGAAUUCAUAAAACAUGUCAGAAAAGCACAAAAGAUUUGUUUAAAAAUCAGCAAGUUGAAACUAGUGCACAUACUUUUGAAGCUGAAACAAAUGAAGUUUCAGUUAAAAGUACUUUUUUUACUGGAGAAGGAUUUCAUCAUCCAACAAAUGGGGAGAAUAAACAACAUGAUGUAGACACAAAAGAGAUGAAUACGCAUGCUGAUUGUUCUUAUACCCUAUCAUCAUCUAUCUCUGAAAUAUCUUCUAAAGAUCAACAAAUUGUGACAUCAUCAGUUUUAAAUAUACCUCAAAGGGAUCAACAAGACAAAUCAGAAAAUAUGAAAAAUUCUCAGGUAAAGGUCUUAUCUUCACUUCAAGAAGAUAAAAACCAUAGACUUGAAGAAGUAGCACAAGCAGAGAAAAAUGAUGAUGAGAAACUAAGAAGGGCUGCUGAAAAGUUGCCAAAAAAGCGCAAGUUUCAUAUGAUAGAGAAUAACUCAGUAACAGAAAAUGAAAGUAGUUGUACAGCUGCCAAACAAAGUUUUACUUCUUUUGAUAUGAUACACACUAUGUAUUCCAGAUCUAACCAAUCAUUCUGUGGGGAUCAAGUUAUCAGUGAGAAUAUUUUAAACUUGGACUUGAAUGAAUGGAAAGGGCAUAGGGUUCUUGCAAAAAGCAAUGGACUGUACCACGCAGGAGUAAUUAAAGAGGUUCAAAACCACUGUGAUAUUGGUGUACUUUAUGAUGGAGAGCUUUCUGUCACGCUUUUUUGUGAUGUAUUAGUAGAAAGUGAGAGACGGUAUGAUAUUAUUAGUGAUCAUAGUCCUAUUCCAGAUCAGAUUCAAGUUGGUUCUGAAGUUUGUGUACAAGUUAAUAUUACAGAAAAGGUAUUUGUUGAGGGAGUUAUUGUGGAAUUAUUUCCAAGGUUGUUGCAGUAUAAGGUUUGUUUAAUAAAUGCAGAAAACCAUUGCAUUCAAGCUUCUAGGGCAAAUUUGAGGUUAAAACUUCCUCCCUGGUGGGCAGAGCUGGGCCUUCUUUCUAGUCCACCAGUUUCAGAACUUGCUACUUUGAAGGUGUCACAAAGUGUAAAAGAGCCAGUCACCAUCAUACAUCAGUCUGCAAAACAACCAACUACAUCUCAAGCACAGGAGUGGAACUUGAAACUGCAAUAUGGCCAGACAGAAGCAUUUUCACUCUUGCAACCUGAUUCGCCCAUGCAGGUCAUGGGUAGCCAACAAGCAUUCCAGCAACCUGGACAACAAGGAAUGCAUGUUGAAACCAUAAAUAUUACUCCACCCAUUACAAGGGCAAAUUCAACAUCUUCAUGGACACACGUGCAAUCAUCUUCUUACACUGUUCCAGUGAGGCCAGGUGAUGAAGAUGACUCUUCAGAUGAUGAUCUCAAUAAAGAAGAUAUUAGAUUUGAAGCUGAUUUUCCACCAGAACCCUCUGUCUGCACUCCACGGUCUUCAUCUUUGUCUAGAGGAAGUUUGACAUCAACAUGUGGGAACUAUAGAGGUGAUAUGAGUAGGGCAAGUACAACAACUUCAGAUCGAGGUGGAACACCUAGGUCACCAGCAUUAUCAGCUCAGAAAUACAAGAAAGGAGACAUAGUAGCUACACCAAGUGGGAUCAGGAAGAAAUUCAAUGGAAAGCAGUGGAGAAGACUGUGUUCCAAAGAAGGAUGUACAAAAGAGUCUCAGCGUCAAGGGUAUUGCUCCAGACAUUUAUCAUCUAAAAGUAAAACUGUACCAACACCAUCUAUUUCUCUCUUAGGAUGUAGGAAAACAAAUCUAAAAACUUCUGAAUCUGGGGUAGAAGUUGAAUGGGAAGGUGAUGAUCUUAGAGAAGAUGUUGAUACAAGUCCAGUAUUUCCAGACAAAGAAAGAAGGUUACAGGGGCCAUUUAACAUGGAUGAAACAGAGGCUGCAAAUAUGUUAGUGUCUUUAGGAAGUUCAGGAUCAACAACUCCUGCAGGUACACCAAUACCUAUCUCUCCCCACUCAAGUUCUAAUAAGCACAGUCCAUUACCAAAUGCAGCUGCUGGAAGCCGAGCCAAUUAUUUUACUCCUAUAGGAGAUCCACGUGUUCACCAAAGAUCUCUUUCUGGCUUUUGUCAAAAUCCAAGUGUUAUAGAGCCUAAAGAACCUACUCUUUUGGGUGCACCUUUGUCAGCUUCUUCUUUUCAUAACUUUACUUUACCACCUUUAGAGUAUAGCCAGACUGAAACUCUUUGUGGUGAAUUUUCAUCAUCUCAACCAAUUUCCAUAAUUCAACAAGGUGGACAGACUGCUGUAGUGUGUGUGGUAACAACACGUGGAGAAGAUGGUGUGUCAGUGAUUCAGUCUUCUGCUCCUUUAUCCAAGCCUGUCCCCCUUGUUGAGCUGCAGGCUCAGCGGAAAAAUCCUGGAGAACAAACUAUACAGUUAGCCAACUAUAGGCCUGAAGCUACUGCAUUUCAGAAACAAGCUCCAACAUCAGCUUCUGUAAUUAACCAGUUUGACAGAUCUUCUGUAAUAAAAUCUCAGUAUCAAGGUCAUUCAUAUACAUCUUCUGGUCAGAUAAAUGAACAUUAUGCUACUGAUGAAACUUCAGUGAAAGGAAAUGAUUUAAAUGGGUCACACCUGUUGCUUCACAGUUCUGCAGAAUCUGAAAGAGAUAAAAAACAUGCCUUAUCCGAGGUUGAGUUAUUACAGAACCAAAAUCAGAAUUUUAAGAAAUUUAGAACAUCGGAUUUGCAUACACUCAAAGAAGAUCAAUCCACUGGUCAAGCAUCAUCUCAGUAUUUUCCAUCAAUACCAACUGUCCAAAUUCAGGAUAUUGAUGACCACUCAAAUGGAUUCAAGAAUGGAGAAGAUGACAGUGAUGCUCAGCCAAUUCCAAUCUUUCCAUGGCACUCUCUGGUUCCCUACCUCACUGCUCCACCAUCACCUCCCAAGAGUGCCCCACCAGCAGUCUCAUCAGCACCAGCUUUCCCUGCAAUAACUCAUUCAGACCCAACUGACAAUAAAUCAGCUUCUGUUGAAUCAAAACAAGAAGAGGAUGAAGAGGAAGAUGUAUUUGUGUCUACUUCAGAAUCUGACUCUUCAAGUCUACAAGUUCCUGUCACUGCUACCAAGCGGAGAACACAGUCACUCAGUUCUCUAACUACAGAAGAACCCAAAACUCCUAAAAAGACUAAAGAGAAAGACCACAUUCGUCGGCCAAUGAAUGCAUUCAUGAUCUUUAGCAAACGACAUCGAACAAGAGUACAUCAGCUUCAUCCUAAUCAAGACAAUAGGACAGUCAGUAAAAUACUGGGGGAGUGGUGGUACUCAUUAGGGCAAGAAGAAAAACAACAGUAUCAAAACUUGGCUUUUGAAGUUAAAGAAGCUCAUUUCAAAGCCCAUCCUGAAUGGAAGUGGUGCACUAAAGAUAAGAAAAAAUCUAUCAGUUCAGUCUCAAAAGAAAGUCGGAAACGGCAAAAUUCAUCAGCUGAGGAAAAAGAGUCCUUGGAAAUAACAGAAGAAUUCCAAGAACCUACGACUACCAAUGCUGAAAUAGAAGUGAAAAAUGAUAAAGAAGCUGUUGAUAAGAGCCAAACUACCAGUCAAAAUGAACAACCAAAACAGCGUCCACGAUCUCGUUCCAUGUCUGAAUUGUCAGCUCCAAAUGCAUUGGCACCACAUGAAACAGAAACCAUAGGAAGUAAUGAUAAACGUGGAGAAAAUUUGCAGGUCAAAUCCACAGAUGCAUCUUUAAGUAGCCAAGAUGCUGAAAUAGUGAGCAUUAAAACAGAUGAUAAGAGAAAUGCAAGCAGCUACACUAACCCUGAAAAGUCUUGUGACAUUCAUCUCUCAGUUGUUGACAGCAGUAAUAGGAUAGAGGCAGUGUGUGAAGAACCUUCUGUAGAUCUUGAAUGUCGAGAAAAGGUGACUGAAUCAGACAGUGAGAGUAAUUCAGAUAAUGAACAUCUUAUUGAGAAUAAAGCAUUUCCUCAGCAACGUUUCUCACCUGUUAUGAAGUCACUUUUACCAUCAGAUGUAACUCACAGACCUACACCAAUCAGGGUAAGUCCUGGCCUAGGAACUCAGCGUCCAAUCCUUCCAGUUGGCUCUUAUUUUCAGGCUACAGGUGCUGUAUUUAAAGAUGUCCAGUCUCCUCGAAUGAAGUUGGUAAUUGAUGAAUCAUUACCUCAUAAAGGUCAAAAGAGUAUUAGUGACAAAAUACAGCAGUCUCCAAAUACAGAAGUAAACAAAAAAGAAGGGGGGAACCAUGCAUCUAUGCCACCUUUGGAACCUUAUGUUACUUCUUCUGGUAAUGUACUUCAUUGUUUACCUGCUACUAGUAACCAUGGUCCAUUGAUGUUUGGUGCACCUCUGAGAUCAAAAGUUGUGUUAACCACUACUCAAUCUCCACUUAAAGUGACAGAAAACAAAGGAACUAUGGAUAAAAUUCCACAGAAAACAGUUCAGAAGCUGGCUCGAGGAACUGUUCUACCCCCUCCACUUUCUAUUCCUCCAAUUACAUUAAUCCCUCCUGGUUCAGAUCCAGUUACUGUUUCUUCUACUUCUUUAACACCAAACUUAAGUUCUUCUACACCUAGAGGAAGUUCAUCUCCUGGAAAUUUAAAUCUAAGUCAUAUCUCCCCCAAACCUAUUGUGACAAAUCCUGUUUUAACUUGUUCUCAAACCAUUAUUGUGCCAAACUUUUUCAGUCCUACAACAAGAAAUAGCCAUUUGCAAAAUCAGGUACCAUUCCUGAGAACAGUGACUACAGAUGCAAAUCUUGUAUUAAGCCAACUUGUGACAACAACUGCUAAAAACUAUGUUAGUACUCCUGUAACACCUCAAACACCAUCUACUCCAGGAUCUGCAGACACUCCAGCAAUGUUUUUAUUAAAAUCGCGCCAGCUAGAUGGUCCAGUGACCGCCAUUGCAGCUCCAUCAGAACACAUCCGGCUAGCAUCUCAGGGAGCUUGUCAGACUGAAGCACCUAAGUAUCAGUACAUCAUCCCUUCUGUUCCAAUUCAAACUGCUAGUGGAACAGACAUGAAAGCAUUGUCUGGAGUUAUUUUGCCAGCUUCUGGUGGAGUCCAACUUGGUACACAAAAUAGUCAGAGUGGAAUCAAAAUUAUGAGAGGUGGUAAUAAAAGUGCACCCUCAACUCCCCAAGCUAGAAGUCCCAAUACCAUUCAGAGUAUGCAGGUUGUUACUAAUUCUGGUGGAAUUCCAGUGAUCUCAUCACAUAUCCUUACCCUAGCCUCUCCAGGCUCACAACUUCAAGUUCCUGGAGCUACUCAGUCUUCACCAGUUGCCAUGACAACAUUAUCUCCACAAACACAUGGAGCUCCUAGAUUAUUGCUGCCUUCUACAACUAGGUUUCAGUUGUCUCCUACGCCUUUGAACAAGACUACUGCUAGGACACCAGAGCAGACCACUGCUGUUUACUUCCAGCAAGUUGCAUUAUCUCCACAAAUAGAUGAUGCUCCUUUGGCAGGAGGUCAGGUUAAAGUGUCUACACCAAUUACUAUGAAAACAGUGCCUGUUUCAAGAACAGGCAAAAGUAGCCCAAUGGUGACAGUUUUAAACAUUGGCCCAUAUAAUACUGUGCCAUGUCACAACAGUAAUGUACGAACAUCUAAACAGAGUCAGUCACCUCAGUUUUUCACAGGAGUGAUGGAUGCCAAAUCUGGAAAUCUCAGCAUCACAGAAGAUCACAAUGGGGAGUUUAUUUUUCCACGACAUGGAAGGAAUCAAAAAGUCAAGGCUUCAGUUGUGAAUAUUCCAGUUGGUACUGAAGCAUCUAAUACAUCUUCUAUACAAGAUGGCUCCAGGUCUCCCACUUCCAUGGGUUCUGUUGUGAGCAGGGAAAACAGUGUGUUACAGGAGAACAGCAAAACUUCUAAAGAAGAAAACACAUCCAACAAAGAAUCUGUUGCUAGUAGAACAUUAAAAAAUAAGAAGAAGUUAUCAAAAUCAGUGUCAGCUGCAGAAAAGAUAGAAGAUUCAGAAGAAGUUUUUUGGUCAGCACCAGCUUCGCCAUCUCACCCAAAUGAAUCAUCACAGCCAGCAACUAACACUUCUUCCCAUCCUCCAGAUUCACUUGACCAUGGAUUCAUACUAGCCCCAACACCAGCACAGCUGCGAAGGGUUCCAGAUAAUCUCCCAGUCACUUCAACUCAAACGUCCAAGGCUAUGUCCAGUCAGCCAGUUCGCCAUAUACUACAGAAGGAAGUAGCUAGUCCAAAAAAACCGAUCCUUAAACGCAAUCUGGAUGAUGGAAUGGACAAGGUUUUAGAAGAAGUCAACUUUGAAGCCAGGUUUGCAGAACUUCCAGAAUUUGACCCACACAAGUCUCCUUCUGCCACAGCUUCUGUUCCAAGUUCUCCCAUCACUCUUGUCCAAAGUUACUGUCGACAAAGGAAGUCUUCAGUUACUACAGAAGAUGAGACCAGUGAAGGAGUAACUAAACGAACCACAUUCUACACUGGUGGUAAAAAUGAUCAAAAAACUCCCAAAAGUGCCAAGUGUGAAGGAAAUGAAUUUUUUGGGCCGAACUUUAGCCUUGAUUUGGAGAAAAAUUCUUAUCUGAAGGCUAUUUAUCAGAAAAGGAAAUUUCAGAAAAAAAAUCUCAAGUGUAAUCAGUCAAACAUGAAACUUAGUGUUUAUGUUUACCAGCAGUCUCCAAAGCUAUCAGAAGAAGUUUAUUCUCCACGAACACCUAAAACUCCAAAUGAUGGGGAGAAAGGUCAGUCACGAAGAAUUCUAGACCAGCGGCGACAAUUGGUUCUACAGUUAUUUCAAAAAGAAAGUGCCUAUCCUACUGCUCAAGCCACAGCAGCUUUUCAACAGCAACAUCGUGACAUUUUUCCUACAAAGUAUAAACUACAGCUGAAAAUACGUGAAGUUCGUCAAAAACUGAUGGCACAUACAAGUGUCAAUGCUGCCAAUCCCCAAACUCCAACCUCAUCAAGUGAUUUCACAUCAGGGAACCAAGUUGAAUUAGAAUGUUCUACUUCAGCUCCAAGUACUCCAGCAACUCCACAGACAUUGAUGCCACCACCAGCAGUGUCCAGAGUAACCUCCACCCCUCCUGUAUCUUCAGAUUUACCAGUACAGUCAAUAUCUAUUGAAAAAUGACUAUCUCAUUUUCACGAGUGUUUUAUGAUAUUCGGUAAUUAGAAACUUUUUCACACCAUCUUGGCAAUGAUAUAACUUAUUAUUGGACUAAGUGGUAUUUUGUUACCACACAUUUUGUAGUUUAGACAUUCUUGUAAAAAUAUUAAACACAUAAAAGCAUCAGUUGACUGUACCAUUUGUUGUUAUCACUAUGUACAGUUAGGACACUUCUUUAUGUAUUAUAUCACUGUGUUCAAUAUUUGAAUAUUGAUUGUUAUAGUGAUAAGCUGCAUGUUAUGUAGUUUUUUUUCUCUUAAGCAACUUUAGGCAUUUUUUCCUAACCUGAAGUUGGCCAGAGGAGAUCAAGACAUGUUUGAUUUAAAUUUUGUUUUUUGUAUUAAUUGUCUGGUUAUGUAACCAGAUUGUUCAAUAGAUUUUGAUGUACUUUCAAGACAUGAUAUGAUUUUAAUGUAACUUAAGAACCAAAGCUUUGUCUCUAUCUGCAUGAUUCUUAUUCCAUAAAUUUUUCUGCACCAGUUCCUCUUCACUGAUUUUUUGUUUUAUCUCUUGUCAUUUGUUAGGUUCGAGGUGAAUUUGUUUUAAAUAGAUGUAAAGAUUGGUGUUUUCUUUUUUAGAGUAAAACCAUAAGAACCAUUACUGGGUAUAAAGGGUUAGUUCUUUUCAACUAUAAUAACAUUAUAAAUGUAUUAAAAUCUAUUCCAUGUAUUUUUCCUCAUUUCUAGGAAAUGUUAUGUCAUUGACAGUCCCAUUUCUAUUUUUGAAGAGAACGUCUUUCUUUUUGCUGGAAACAUAAUAAUGUUUAUUUCCACAGGAGAAAGCACAUUGAUAGCUGCACCGUUAACAGUCAAGUUUUACCUAAUGUGACAAAUUUGCAUUUCUAGUCUAAAUUAUGAUACAAAAGUUUCUUUCCAAGUAAAGUAACUUUAUCACUAAAGAGCUGGGUUUAUUUUUCUAAGAACUUUUUUUUUCCAUAAAAAAAGUUUGUACUUGGUUGUUCACAGUCUAGUGAGAUACUUAUGUCUCUAACUUCAUAUAAUCAAGUUCAAUUUCUAAGAAGUAAAGGUUUUCUUUCUCUUGUAAAAUCACUAAUUGUCAUGUAUUACUUUAGAAUUCCUUUUUUCUUCUACCACAAAAGACAAGUUUGUAGUUAUGAUACAUAGACAAUUGAUCUCGUAAGAUUUGUCUAUUUAAGAUCUGUCUAUACUUUGUUUUUCUGAACGAGAACUUUUUUUCAACUUAGUAACUUUACGUAACUUAUAUUUUUGAAAUUCACAUCUUAAAUUUUGGGGAAAAUGAAAUAGAAAGUUGAUUAGCAAGUAUAUAAUGUUAUGUUAAAUUUCUAUUCUUUUCAACGAUUUUAUAAAAUUAUUUUGCUAUCAACGUGCAUUAGUGCACACUAUUUACAUAGGGUUAGACUUUGUUUUAAGAAGAUCAUAACUGAACAUUUACUGUUUGGAGUAUGUAAAAAAAUCUUGUUUCUUUGUUGGCAUUUCAACUGUACAUUUUUCAGUUUGCUUACAUGCUUCCAAUAAUGUCACAAGAAGUUUAAGUGUUUUUAGUAGGACACUUUUUAGCUAAAAACAUAUAGAAAAAGUAAACUCCCAAGCAUCAGUAUUUGUAAUUCAUAAGGCUGUUAUUACUUUCUCUUUUCUUAAAGAAUUGAGUAUUGAAAAGUUAAACUUAGAUAUUCCUAUAAUUUUUUUAACUAAAAACUUUUAAUAUGAUGUUCAGUAAUUGUUUAAGUGCUAAACACGAGAACAAAAUUGGAUACAUUCACUACCUCUUCAAUGAAAACAUUUUCAAAUGACUUUUGCCAGCAGUGUUUCUGGCUUUUAAUAACUUGUAUUAUCUACACUUGUAAUUUAUAAAAAUAAAUAUUUUAUUUUGCUUUUCUGAUUUUACUUUUUCUUCUAUAAAAGAUUAAAUACUCUUUUUAUGAUUUUUAUAGAUACUUUUUGUACUAUAAAUCACUAUGAAAUAAAGAUGAGUGAAUUAAUAGAAAUCUUUUGAAACUUAUGAGUGAGCUUGUUGCAUUAGUAAUAAAUAUAUAUUUUAUUUUCUGUCAAAGAAAAUGGAGUAUAGUAUACAUUAAUCCUUUAAAACUAGUGUAUCUUACUUAUAGUAAAAUAUAUCAAAUACCUACUUGUGUAUCAUUUUCAAGGGUUAUAAAAAAGUUGACACUUGCCAUGUUAAGGCUUAGAAUCAUUGAAACCUUUAACUGUAAAUUAAAGAUUUUAUAGAAACAGAGAAGUUAGUAGAGUGAGGGUGAAGGUGUGGUUUCCAGAUAAUCAUUUAAAAUUUAGCCUUUAAUAGUAUUUACAUAAUUCCCAAAUGUUUCAUAUUAUAUAGAUAAAGGGUAACCUUAAUUUUUUGGCUUUAAUAUGUAAAUUCAUUAAAACUAUGUUGUUAGGAAAUUCUUUUGUUGUUUUUCCUCAUGCCUUUUUUAAAAUAUUAUUCCACUUGAUCUGUGUACCUUAAUAUUUUGGAGUGUUUCUGAUUUAACAUAGAAUACUGGUAAGAAGUCAGUUGGUGCAAAUAGAAUGAUUGCAAUCAUCAUUUCAAGCCCAAAUCUAGCCAUCCUGUGUUACUAUGGUAAAACAUAAUUUUUAAGAUACAUUUUAUUGCUUUUUUCUUUAUUUAACUUUGUGUGCAUCAGUAUUUAUAAUAAAGGCAUUCUGAUAUAUAUGUAUGAUAUACUUCUCACUAUGAACAAGUGAUAUAAAUUCUAAACUUUCUUAAUCUUUCCAAAAGCAUUAAGGUCUUGUAAGAAUAGGUAAGUGGCUAAUCAGAUUAUUAAAAUAUUAAUGGUAUUUAAUUACAUGUCUCACACUUGAGCUUGUUCUAUUUAGUGACAGAGGAAGAGUUAUCCUAAAUGAUUAAGACCAUUAGUAAUUAGAAAUGUUACUUGUUCAUUGGAUAUCAGUAUUUUCAUAAGUAGCUGACACCAUGAUAAAUACAAAAUGUUUUUCAUCAUAUGUGUAGGUUCCAAUUUUUCUGUUUUGUUUUCCCUAAUUUUCCACAUAAAAAAUUACUUUGUUUAGAACAUUAUUACAAUUUUACAAGUAUUCCAGGAUCAUGCCAAUAUAGCAUAAAAGAGAAAGAGAUUUAGCUUUAUAUUUAAUUUUGUAAGCUUUUUAUUGAUAUAAUUAUCUUUUUUUUUUGUCAUUUUUCAUGUUUGUGUAAUAGGUAGAUAUAUUAUUUUAAACACUGGGAUUUUAUGGUUGUGGAAUGUACAGUUCAAUUUUGUAUGGCUUGAUGUUUUGGAUUUGUAUUUUUGAUAUUUAAACCAUAAUUUUCCUUGUUGUUUGAAAAUACAGAAGUUAUUUAGCUUCCAGGAGUGUUAUGCAUGGCUGAUAUAAUUUCUUACUUUCUUGUAUUCAGCUUUUUUUUUUAAAGUCAACUGUGAUCAUGUUUAUUUUGUGAUUAAUAACAGACAAUACUGUCUGUGUGUCACCACCAUAAGUUAAUACGCAAAUACACAAUCAUUUUGUACAUUUUAGUCAAUCAUACAUAUUAAUAUCUGUUUAUUUGUUCUUCGUAAAUAUUAGAUGCCAAAAUGUAAAAAAAAAAAAAAAAUUCUACAAUAGAAAUCUUGCAUGAGUUAAAACUGAUGUCAAAUUUUGUUCAGAGCUGGUGUGAGAAGCUUGGAGUAAAUAGAAAUUAUGCCAAUGGUUUUUAAACACUUAAAAAUAUUUGAGAACAUAAAACAAUACUUAUAUUUGUUCAUCUUGUUGGGAAGCAGAAUUUUAAAGUAGUGGUAGUAAUAAGAAUUUUUAAUGUUCAUAAGUCUCCUUGUUGUAUAUAAUUGUUAGGAAUGACAAUUCAGAAAACUGACUGUUGCAUACAUUAUUAUUGUUUUUACAUGCCAGUCGCUUAAAUAAGAGGAGCCAUACCACAUGUCAUAGUUAGAUGAACUAUUUGUAUAGCUGUAGGGUUUUAUAACUUUGGGCUACAUUGUGUGUUUUAUUAUCAGUAGUGUAUACAGAACAUGUUUUAUCAUUGUGGAUUGUUACUGUUAUUAUGUGUUUGUGAUGAAUAUACAGAUAUAUAUACACUUUAGCACAGUGUUUAAACUGUAUGUCUCCAACAUGUGAUUUUCAUGAAGGAUAUUGUAAACUAUAGUGAUUAGUAAAGCACUGUAAAUAAUGUACAUUUUAUCUGUUGUUACACAUGUAUAUUUCAUAUUGUGUACCUUUGAAUUAAACCAUUUGUAUAUUAAACACAUUGUAUACCACA